GCUAUGUAUGUAUGUGGGCCGACCUGCUGCGCAUCGGGCUUUGCGGUGUGAUGUGGCUUAUCGAGAGUUGGUGAGCUUUUUAUACGCUAUGCGCAACUAUCGAUGGAAACUGGCAGAGGUGGCAAUCGGUAUGGAGGACAAAGUGACGAGACAGGUUAUCUUAUCUCUAUCUCUGCUAGGUGUCGAGGACCAUGGUAAACGUCGAGUACAUGGUAGAGAAGUAGCCCAUUUGCUCAUCAGUUUCGUGCUUUAAUUCUACACUAUGCCUGGUCACGAUCGCAGUCAAUCAGAUGCAUGGUUGCGGUAAAGAAGGACAUAUAGUGCAAUGUCCGCAAGUGCUGACAGCUUCGGGACACCCCUGCACUUGGCGAAGCGGUCCGAGGCCAUGAGGCUACCGGGAGACUUGUUCGCCGUCUGUAAUGUCAAACGUGGUGCGGAUUGGCAUAUAUGCGACUUGAAUACAUGCUUUGAAUCUCCUCUUGUGUGCUCUCCCGCCGAGAGAAGAACAAAGGAUGGUUAGACAACGAACAAGGG